CAACUACAACUUUUUCUUUAUUAUUUCCAUGCCACGAAUGAGAUUUUAAUGAAGACGAUCUGGAUUUCUUUAUUGCACAACUUCAGAAAGUAUUUUAUUUAAUUAGUCUAAUAAAGACCCCACAAAAGGAUUUGGUGAUCUCUUUGCUCGACUUCAGCCGUUUUCUUAAACGGGAUCGGACACACAGCACGUCAUUCUCGGUGCCACUCCCAAAGGAUUAAGUUGUUGGAAUUGGAAUAUGGAGCAAACCCACUAAGCACGAGAGCGGGAGUCCUCUGAGUGUGUGUCCGAGUGGGUCGCCCCGUGUCCCAGCCUUGCGUGUGCUGGAGAUCCCGCAAAUAUGGGAUGUGGACUAAGGAAACUAGAGGACCCGGAGGACAACAGCCCGGGAAAAAUCUACUCCACUUUAAAGAGACCACAGGUCGAGACCAAAACAGACUCCGUGUACGAGUAUGUGCUGCUGGACUUCAGUCUGGAAGGCAGUCGGCCUACAGUACAGUAUCUGUCCUCGCUGUGCGAGCUGCCCCAUGCCCUGCAGUCAUACUACACCCAGGGCUACGUACUGACUGCCCUGCAUCCCAUAAUCCUCUCGGUGGGCCGGACCCGCUUCCUGCCCUGCAGCCUGCUCUACCGGGCCAUUUUGGUCCGCCCACGAUCCAGUAAACAUGCAGUGCCAGUGAUUGACAGCUUGCCAGUGUUGCGAGUGGAGGAGUGGCCACUGCCCGGAGAAUCUCUGACCAGUGACACAGUGGGACUGCUCAUAGACAGGGUGAACAGCUAUGCCAGGGGUGGCGUGAGGUUUGUGGGGUCAGUGCUCCAGCAGGCUGGAGUAGGGGGGUGUAACAGUGGAGUGCCCAGUCCCAGGAGGGGCUGCCGUUCCCCACCCCGCACACCAACUGGAGACGCAGAUCUAGAGGGCCGUGGCUACAGCCCAGACCUGAGAUUGUUGGUGCUGUUUCACUCCUGGGGUCCGGGCUGUGCUCCGCUGGACUCUCUGGCCUGCUGUUACCACCAGGGGGCGCUGUCCAUGCGUGUGUCCAGGAAGGGUCAAGUUGUCAGUGCACUCGAAGCUGAUUGGCUGGAAUUGACCGCAGCUUUCUACCGCAAGGGCUGGUCAUUGGUCGACUCCUUUGUUUACUGGGACACACCUAAAGGUGAGCCGGUGCCCAGGUCUCUAGAGGGGCUGUUUGUCUAUGAGGAGAAAAGCAUAGCGCCCCCUGCCAAUGACACUGUUGUAGUGGAACAGUGGACCGUUAUAGAGGGUUCAGAUGUAAAGGCAGACUAUGGUCCUCUGCUCCACACAUUAGCAGAAUUCGGCUGGCUGCUCACUAGUGUGCUGCCCACCCCAAUUAUUCGCCAUGACAGUGAAGGGAAUCUCGCCACCAAGCAAGUUGUUUUCCUGCAAAGACCGGUCAAAGGCCAAACGGUACCACAACACAACCAGGGAUCCACGCGGCGAGAGGUGUGUAGUCACUCAGUGAGUCGGGGCGUGGAUGAACCGCACACAGAGCUGUCGUCUCCAUGUUCAGGGGGAAUUGGCGGUUUCCCUGUGUUUGGAGGGGGGUAUCCCAGUGUGCUGUCCCAUUUAGACGAGGGAGGAUAUGAGCCGGAUGACGGGGCUGCAGAAGUCACCUGUAUUUGAUGGAGUAACUCAAAAGAUGCAGUUUUCUUUUUCAAGUUCUGUCAGAAAUCUUUGGCGGUUGAGAGUGGCAGCUGCCCUAGAAUUUACCACAUCACCAGACCACAAGAGACUUGUGUUCCUGUAUUAGAAACCGACUUGUGGAACUCUUAAUGUUUUUUAAUUUAUUUUUUAACAAGCCAUAACGUAUUAGAGGCCGGUUUUAUUUACACUUGUAUUUUUAAUUUUAAGCACAAAGUUUAUGUGCAAUGAUACUUUGACACAAAGUAUCAAAAAUAGCACUGAAAUACACCUGUUAUUUACAUCAACAGUAUUUCACAGCAUUCGCACAAUACCACGUCCAGUUCAAAUCACAUUUGUCAAGCUCCAACACGUUUUUCUUCUUUGUCAUCACCGAGUGUCCUUCCUCACUGUUCAUAUUUUGCUUUUCUUUUUCCUGUUCCUUUUUUUUUUUUUACUCUAAACCAGCUGACAAUUCAGUUGUUUGUUCAAACACCUGCCACAGUUCAACAUAAACUCAGGAACCGAGUGUCCAAACAGCCCUUCUGCAGGACACAAAUUUUACUUGCUGUGCAGAUUUGACAUGCUUACAUUUUCUUACAGAAAUUUCCCAGGUCAAAACAUCAGGAAUGCUACUUGUAGCUUGAGAUGUUAGAUUUUAAGGGAAAAGCACAUGCAAUGUAAACCUAUUGAGCUUCAGGCUGGAGCCCAUGAAAACUAAAUGCUGAAUUUGA